AUGUCACGCCCAGACUCGUCGCUAGACAGUAGCGAAAAAGAAAGGGCCAUGCCACUUGACCAGUCAACCACGGACACGAAGUUCUCGGGUACCAACACUGACAACCACACGGGGGACAAGAAGCAGGAUGUAGAAGGCCGGAUACCAACAAGUGCGGCUUCAGCGGCAGUUGCCACCGCCGAGCGCGACUUGUACGAACCUUACCAGAACGGCUACCACUUCCCACCAGCACAUACGAAAAAGCAAUCUACCAUGAUUGGCCUGAAAGCCUUUUGGAAGUACACAUGCACGCCUCUCGGCUUCUUUGUUGUACUCUACGGCCUCAACGUCGUGGCUUGGGGUGGCAUGUUGUUCUUGCUGCUCUGCAACGCUGCACCAGCCAUGUGUUAUCCUACAUGCAACGACAUCAACUCUCCCCGUCGCAAGUGGAUCGAGUGGGACUCGCAAAUUUUGAACGCUCUUUUCUGCGUUACGGGCUUCGGUUUGGCGCCCUGGAGAUUUCGCGACCUAUACUUCUUGAUGCAGUACCGUAUCUUGAAGAAGCCUGAAGCUCUUGGUCGUCUGGCCGGCAUCCAUCGAGGGUGGUUCCGGUUGCCUGGGUCGGAUCAACUUCCCGUCCAUAUUGGUCCCCAGAACGUGGCUGAGUUGGCGUCCGAACAACCUGUUCUUCAGAUUCCGCACCCGGAGAAGGCCAUCCCAGAUCCACCGCUGACUGGCGUCCGGGCGCCUCCUACGGCCAUCUGGAAGAUGGACUUCGUCAUAUGGUUCAACGUGUGGAACACCUUCUUACAGUGUGUUCUCUCUGGCUUCAUGUGGGGAAUGAAUCGCUUCGAUAGACCUAGUUGGUCGACAGGUCUCUUCGUCGCCCUUGCGUGCCUGGCGGCCGCCAUAGGAGGCUUGAUGAUGUUUUUUGAGGGCAAGAAGGUCAAGAGCAUAGAAGGAGUGCCGCUUAGCAAGGAGGAUGAGGAGCGCUUGGCAAAAGACAAAGAGAUGGGCGUCCAGCAUUAUAACAAUAUCAAGGAUAAGAAACCGAAGGAGCCCAAGGAGAAGAAAUAG